CUGAUUGGCUUAUGAUUCAAACGCAGUUUGUUUGAAUGGUUUCUAAACUGUCGAUCUCUUCGUUCGAAGCGACCAUUUCUUCCACGAGAACACGGCGCUCGUUCGUGAAAUCUUUACUGAGAAGUUUGCUCAGAAUUUUCGCCAUAUUCAAAAUUUUUUUAUCAAGGUGGAAAGUUGAACACGUGAUUUUGUAUCGUAGAACUUUGCUUCUGGUUUAUCUAUACACUGAAUUGUUGAGAUUUUGGCAGACUUUGGACGGUCUCGUUGAGCGACUAGAUUGAAGAUGCAUAAAGCGGCUACAAGAGAUAAAUACAGCUCUGCAAGAGUUGCAAAGGAUUUGGACCAAUAUAUUGUGGAUCCUACGACAAAAAAACGUUAUCUACGGGGCCGUUUUCUCGGCAAGGGUGGGUUUGCAAAAUGCUACGAACUCACAGAUAUGGAGACCAAGGAAAUCUUGGCCGGCAAGAUCAUCUCGAAGACCAUGUUGACGAAGCCACAUCAAAAAGAAAAGAUGUCUAUGGAGAUAGCCAUCCAUCGUUCAGUGGGUUUCAAAUCAGAAACACACAAGCACAUCGUUGGGUUUCGUGGGUUCUUUGAGGAUGCAGACUAUAUUUACAUCCUGUUGGAGUUAUGCAGACGAAGGGUAAGCUUUUAUGAUUUUUAACACUGCUUCCGAUUUUGCAUCGACUACUUGUUGUAUUACGUUUAAUUUAAAAGCUUCAUGUACAUGUAUUUUCAUCGGAUAUUUAAUUAAACCAUCUCCUCUGCUUUUGUCGAAGUGGGACGCUGAAGGAAAAAAAGAAAAAGCCGUUUGUUACCGCGAAAAGAGUUCGAAAAGGGGAUGUUUUAGCCGCAAAUACUGAUUUUAGAUGCCACAGAGGAUCAACAAGUAGAAGAUUUAGUGUUAAUGUAUUAUUUUUUUUUAAUAUUCAUAAACUUUGAAACAUCCACGUAAGCUGACAGUUAAGUUUUGCUUUUGUUCUCCAGUUUACGUUUCAGCUGUUAUUAUAAAAUAUUCCUUGUUUGUUUUAAGUUUUUUUCACUUGCUCACUAGGAAAGCUAAAUUACUCGGUCAUAAGCGUGUUGCUUUAGAUGAAGUUUUACAGGAACUAACACUUUUUUUUUACGGACACCUGUUGCUUCUCCACAUAGAGCUAGAAGAUGAAUAUUGCAUGAACAAUGCAGAAUGGCGGAAAUAGGAUCCUAAUGGCCUAAGACAAAAAAGGCUUCUUUUUCAUCUAAGGCUGGAGAUUUCUUUUCUACAUUUGUAGUUAAGAUAUACUGGAAAAAUACACCGUUUUUGAAUGUCUGAAUUGAAACAAAUUGAUAUACAUGAACUGGCUGUAGAAAAUUUCCACCCUCAAAAGCAAGACUUGUGAUUAUUUAAGGUGGUAUUUAUGCAGAAUGAGGCUCAGCUGAUAUUAAAGGAAAAAUUUGCAUGUUCAC